AAUGGCUGCAGUGUUCCUGCAGGCUUACGGGCCCCCUACAAAAAUACUUUUACUCCCGCUUGUUACAAACAUGAUUUCUGCUACUUCUGUGUAAGAAUUACCUUUUUUAUAAAUACUAACUAGAACUACAUUUUCCGCAAUAAUCCUCGCGAAACUCGUUCAAGUUCAGCCUAGCGCCACUCAAGUUAAGCCGUGUCGGGCAAGGUUAGGAACUGGACGUGUCACCCACCAGGAAUAUCGUCAUAUCCCAAAUUUUGUUCGGUUGAAAGCUGAAAGGUCUGUCCCGGUAAUCCAUUAACGAAAUAGCCCGCGUCGCAGACUCUCGAGCCUGUUCACAGACCCUCUACUUUCUCUUUAAAGUCCGUUGAGCUCGGGCGAUAAAAUAUAAACCACAGGGGAUUUAUUGACCGCCAGCGCAAGGGGGUAGUGGAGGGGGAAGAAGAAACUCGCGCUUUCGCUUCGCUCGCGAGCUCGCCGAUGUUUUCGAAAAGAACGAAAAGAAAAAUAACGUCUGUGCACAGGCUACAGACUCUCUAAACCGCCUUUAUAUGCCAAUGAUCUAGACGAUGGGUAGGUCGGAUGAAAAACAGGCUAUUAACAGUGGGUAAUUAAGAUUCAUGUUCAUUUUUUAUCAUUAUUUUCCGGACAGGGUAAUCGCUUUGGAUGGACGCGGACGCAAUGUGAUAGCACAUUCGAAAGGGACAUGCACAAAUGGUGUGAGAACCACAGCAAUCGCAGAAAGCGAUUGCUUUUCUCCAAAGAACGGCGUUGUAGAACUGCUGCUAAAAUGUAUCUUUCGGCUCCUAAAACUGUAGGCAGCCGUUACUGGGUAAAACUCUCCCCUCCAUGGUGCCGUGAU